GAUGACCCUGAUGCAGGUGGACUCGGUGCAGCGGUGGAUGGACGACCUUCUGCUGAUGACGGAAUGCGAGUGCAUGUGCAUCCUCCAGUCCAAACCCAUCAGCGUGGAGGACGACUCCCAGACGGACCUGAUGUUCACCUCUCAAGAUGGCGGCCAGAACAGCCUGGAGACGCUGCUGCGGAGCGCCUGGAUCAUCAGCACCGAGCUCACCAAGAUGGUGCCCAAACUGGAGAAGAACCGCUGGAAGCGCGUCCAUUCUAUGAGCAUCAGGACCGACUGCCACGUGCGCUCCAUGAUAAAGGAAUACAACAUGGUCUCCGGGACCGCCACCGACCAGAUGCAGGAGUACGAAACUUUAUUAAUGGAGAAAUGUUCCCAACUCACCGAAAUCACCGGAAGAUGCGCCAACACAAGUGAUGAGGACGCCCUGGCCGCCAUGAAGGUCUCCAUCAAUGAGGUCCUGACCGUAGUCGGACAGUCCUUCAGUCAGCUGAUCAAUGCCGCCCUCCUCCAGGAAGUGAAGGGCCUGGUGGAGGAGCUGGAAACCUGUGAGAACGUGUACAGUGUGAACAGCGCCAUCCACAGCCUGUUCAGCCUCACCCAGGAGGGAGCCCGACUCUGCCAUCUAGUGGCACAGGAAGGAGCAAUUGUCGCCCUUUUUAAAAUUUGCCGCCAGGAUCGCUUAAAGUGUUUGUACCCCUCUGCCCUGCGGACGCUGGCUUCCAUGUGUUCGGUGGAGGAGGGGAUCCACCAGCUGGAGAAGGUGGACGGAAUCUUGUGUUUAACAGAAAUUCUCACAGAUGAGACUCAGACUGAAGCCACGAAAGCUGAAGUGGCGGCUGUGAUUGCGCAAAUUACAUCUCCUCACCUCACCGCCACCGAACAUCUCACCACCUUCCUGGAGAACAUGGAGGAAAUCAUCACAGCCCUACUCAAGUUGUGUGAUGAGGCGUCCAAUGGGGAGGUCUGUUUAUUGGCUUCUGCAGCUCUGGCCAAUAUAACGUUCUAUGACACCAUCGCCUGUGAAAUACUCCUCCAGAUGAACGCAGUGAAUGUUCUGCUCAACGCUUGUUCAGACAAACAAAGGGUUAAUUCUUCAUAUGCUCGAGAUCAG